GCUGGAAAGUUGCUUCCCACUGGCGAUACGGCUGCGAGUUGCCUCACUGAGGUUUUACCCAGGCCCAUUACUCCAACUACUGUGCGGAAGUUUCGAAACACAACAAAUCCAGCUCCUGGUGUUGAAAGAAUAUUCUACGGCAGAGCAGAUGAUCCUGAGAUUGCACCUCACUUGACACAUGGCAUAGAGUCACGUUCUUCACUCAGUGCAGCUUCAUUGAUAAAUCCACUUCCUAAAACUGAUUUUCAACAAAAAAUACAAGACAAAAAAGAAGCAAUCUACUUUAGUAAUCGUCAGGCAUCCUUGGGCAGAUCACAUGAUCCUUCUUCUAUGUUACCUAAGGGCUUGGAUAUAAUUAAUACUACAUUUGGGAAAAAAGUCAUCCAAGAUGUAUCAGCUGGAGAGCUUAUAAAUCCACGAAAAACUUUUGAGGAAGUGGAUAAAGAAUCCAGAGAAGGACAUGAUCUGUACAUUGUGUCACACAAUGAUUAUUAUGUGGGGGAAGCAAUAAACAGGAAGUAUGACUCACCAAACUUCAGCAAAUCUUUUGUUUAUGGAACAGAAACCCCUCACUUUAAAGAUGGGCGAAGUGCAUCCAAAUCCUUAAAUUGGCUCUAUGAUCUACAAUUGAAGAGAGCAGCAAAAAUUGUAUCAAAACGAAGUGAUGAUUUCAAAGAAAAAUUUCAACCUCAGCUUGGAAAAGUCCUUGAUCCUAUAGCAGAAACUUUGAAUGUUCCCCCAGGCCAUACAUUUGGAAUGUUACUCCGUCGAGAUGAAUAUGGAGUUGGUGAUCUUCUUCACUGCUGGGUUCCAUGUGAGUUUCUCCAUGGUAAAGACAGAGAGAGAGCUGUCUUGACUGCAGUUCGGCAAAGUUUGAAGGAAGCUAACUAUGAGAAUUUUGACAUGUUACUAGAAGCAUUCAGGCAUUAUGAUAAGAAUGGCAAUGGAAUGAUAGACAAGGACGACCUGCGAAAGUCCUGUUUUCAGCUUAAUCUGAAUCUAGAUGAAGAGCUCCUGGAUUCCUUGUUUGACUAUUGUGAUUUGGAUAAUGAUGGUCUGAUUAGUUAUGUGGAGUUUGCAAACUUCCUGAACUGGAAAGACAAGACGGCUGCUAAAGAGUUUGAAGAAAAAAUAAUUACAAAAGGAGAAAAACUAGAUGCUCCUGUUCUGCCUGAAGACACAAAGACAAAUGAUGAGCCACUGCUGAAGCAGGAAGAUCUCUUGUUAAAAGAACCGGGAAGCUCAGAAAAGACACCAAAAAUGCUAACACGAUCAGCAGAUCAUGUAUUUGCAAAUUAUCGAACAACUUCUUCUCAGUAUAAUGCUGUAGUAGGUGGUCUCCCAACAACUUGUUAUCCAGUGUGUGGUGUUCCAACUAUUCGUUCAGAUAUUCCUGCUCCUCGAAUUCGCCGCAUCAGUGACAGAACUAAUUACGGUGAUGAGGCCAAUGCUUAUGCAUUAUUGUUCCCUUCUGUCUUCAGUCAAAAGGGAGUGUAUGAAAGCGACUUUUUUAAAACAAGACCAAAGGCAGAGGUAUAG